UGCGAAUAUUUAGUACGCAAAACCUUUUUUCCAGAUUCAUCCCCUAACUGGGGCAAACAUUUACUUGAAAGAGUUCGUCGACAAUUGACACCAGUAAAUCUUGGCCAGGAUUGUGAUGAUCCCGGAGUGUCUUGUGCAUUAGGAAAUGGAGGUCCCAGUGCUAUAUGUGGUCCAGUACCAAUGGACGAGGUCAAUAAGUGUCAGUGUCCCCCAAUGUUCACUUCCAGACUUGAAUGUUUACAACCAUGUACCACUAACGCCGACUGUCCUACUAACUCUGUUUGCAACGUGCGCUGUUCACCACCAUGUUCACCAAGACUCUGUAUCAAUGGACAGUGUCCGCCACCAGCGGUGUGCAAUGCCAACAAUAUUUGCCAGGAACCAUGUAUUUACCCACCUGGAUUUACACCCCCAGUAUUUCCUCCUGGAUUUCCGUUUCCACCUGGAUUCCCGCCUGGAUUUCAAGGAAGAAAAAAACGAUCGAUCGGUUCAUCUGUAAGAUUAAGGUGUACAGAACCCAAUGGUCAAGUUUGUAAAAAUGAUCUUAACGCAUUGUGUCAGAACGGAGUGUGUGAGUGUAAAUCUGGUUCAUCACUGAUCAACGGAUUGUGUAUAAUAGAUGGUUCAGCUGGUGGGCGGUGUGACGGGGGAGGACGUGACAAGUGUAGCAAAGACUUGAAAGCUGAAUGUAAGAACCCCGGUACCUCUAACUGUAUAUGCGAAUGUAAACAGGGCACAUCUAAAGUAAAUGGAUUGUGUAUGACAAAUGGCCGUGCUGGAGGAAGAUGCGACGAUAAUAAUGAAAAAUGUCCUAAAGACAGAAAUGCUGUAUGUCAAAAUCCCCGCACUGGAUUAAGUUUGUGUAUUUGCAAGCCUGGGACAACACUAAAUAAUGGGAUGUGCAUCACUGAUGGAACAUGCCUUGGACGAUGUAUUGAUGGCGAUGAAAAGUGUCCGAAUGACCCACAGACGGAAUGUAUUAACGGACUGUGCCUGUGCCGUGAAGGUUCGUCCAAGGUCAGCGGAAUGUGUAUGAGAAAUGGUGCUCCUGGUGGAAGAUGUCAAGAUGGUAUAUGUGAUAAAGACCCUAAUUCUGAAUGUAUCAACGGUGUAUGUUUGUGUCAACCAGGGUCUUCCAGACAACAAGGAGAAAAUUGUAUCCCAGACGGAAUGCCGGAUGGGAACUGCACGAGUAUGGGAAUGUGUCCGGGGGACAUGAUGUGUGACUGUAACAAUGCUCAUUUCUGUCGGUGCAAGAGUGGAACUCAGAGAAUCGGUCGUGGGUGUGAAGGGGAUGGACUUCAAGGCGGAAGUUGCUAUUUUGGGAAAUGUUACGGACGAUAUGCACAAUGUGACCCAAAAACUUACACGUGUUUCUGCAUCCCCGGUGCAAUACCUUUGUACGGUCAUUGUAUAGAUGCGCGUUACUUGCAGUAUCUGCAAUCAAAGA